GAGAGAGUGAGGGUUGAAAUAGAGAGUGGUGGACCUGCAGCGCUGUAGACAGUGAGACAGACAGGGAAGAAGCAGCGGAGACAAACAAAACACACACAGCCUGACUCACAACCUGACUGCAACCUCCUCUCACAACACACACACACACACACAGACAGAGAAAGCAGGUAGUUAGAGGAGCAUACCUAAAACUCACCACAGUUCUCUCUCUCUCUCACUUUCACACACACACACACACAGACACACACACACACAUUCAGCCAGCAGCAGCAGCAUGUUUUGGUGGAGGCUCCCCCAGGCAGCGUGUGUGCUGUCGGUGUGUGUGUGUCUGCUUCUCGCAUACGAGGAUGAUAUCGAGGUCAACUACGCUGACACCUACUACAAUGAAAUCACAGAGCGAGAAACACCAGAACCCACACCGAGCUCUGCGCCCUGCAAUUCUCCAGACCUGACCAAGUGGGACAAAAUCUUCUCUAUGCUGGAGAACAGUCAGAUGAGGGAGAACAUGCUGCUUCAGUACGCCGAUGAUAUCGUCAAGGUGGAGAUGGGGUCACUGCGCGGGGAAAUGCUCAGGUUUGUAGCCCAGUAUGGUGGCUCCUGUGGGGUUGCAGUGGAGACAGCAGGAAGAAGGAUGGCCUUGCAACUAGAGGGCCGCCUCAGAGAAACCCUGGAGCGCCUCAGACUUGGAGAUCAGGCUUCGGCUUCUGCUUCUGCUGCUUCUGGUAAUUCAGUCGGCAAUUCCAACAACAUGGAGGUGAUGCUACAUCAGCUCCUCUCUGCAGCACGAACGCAAGCUUCCCGACUCACCAAGCUCGAGACCAACUGCUUCAGCAGUCCAGGAGCUGCGACGGGGAUGAAUACAAAGACAGGAUUCCAGCUUCCAGAGGGUGGAAGGGCUGGACGCCGGGAGCAGGAGGUCACAUCACGAGACGUGGCUCUAGACAGGGUGCUGGCUGCACUGCAACAGACGAGGGCGGAGCUGGAGGAGGUGCUAAGGUCAUCGAGGCAAAGAUACCUACCCGCAGGCUGUGAGAUGGCCCUCCUCUUCCCGAUGCGUUCCCGUCGAAUCUACACCUCUGUCAUACCAGAUGUCCCUCUCUCCAUCUCCUCCUUCACUGUCUGCAUGUGGGUGAAGCCAACAUCUGUCUCCAACAAAACAGUGCUGCUCUCUUAUGGAAACCGUCGCAACCCAUAUGAGAUCCAGCUGCUGCUCAGCCAAACGUCUGCGUUCUUCACCAUCGGAGGAGAGGCUCACCUGGUGGAGGCACGAGGUGUGGUGAAAUUGGGAGAGUGGAUCCAUUUGUGUGGGGCUUGGUCCUCUGACCAGGGCCUGGCGACCCUGUGGUCAGGUGGAAAAAAAGUGGCUUCCACGCCUGGAGUGGCUGAGGGGCACAUCUUACCAGACGGGGGCUCACUACAGCUGGGGCAGGAAAGAAACGGCUGCUGCCCUCUGUCUCCAAGCAGCGGGAGCGGCGUGGCAGGGUUUGACGGAGGGUUCGAUCCCAAGCUUGCAUUCGCUGGGAAGAUGACAGGAGUGAACAUGUGGGACAGGGCGCUGUCAGAGGAGGAGAUUUCCCAGCUGGCUUUGCAGAAGGGCCAGGGCUGCGAGCAGAGAGGAAACGUGGUGGCGUGGGGCGUGACGGAGAUGGUGCCACAUGCAGGUGCUCAGUUCAUCUACUAACAGACUUCCUUGUGAUUUUCAUCUGCGUCAUCAUGAUCAUCAUUAUCGUGAAUAUCAGCAACAUCGUAAUAAGUUUUCCUGCUAAAAGUGAAGAGAGCAACUUACUGCUGCUUUUAUCAUCAUCAUCUUUGUCCCUAUAGUUUAAUGUUUGAAUUAUUAUGUUCUUAUCAAGACUGUUUCAUUCAUCAUCAUCUUCACCACUCUUAACAUGAAUGCUAAUGCUGCAAUGAACUCUACUGGACGUGUUCAAAUGAGAGGAAGAGCCAAUGCGGUGAGAGACUGAAGUUUAUUUAUGUAAGAUUACCUUUUGAACUGAGGCCAAAACACACACAUGCUGCAUUCAUUGCCACACCCACGCACACACAUGCGCACACACACACACGCACACACACACACACACACACACACACUCAGCUUAGGAAACGUGCUGCAUGCAGCAUUUGCCAAAGACUUAAUUAGUCUGCAAAAAAGACAAAAAGUCUAUUGUGAAAGUGAACGGGUUCUGAGCCACUAAACAGAGUAAUCACCACACAGCCUUGCAGGAGAGGUAAAUAAGAGGUCACAGACAAUUACAAGACAUUAUCUUGUAGUUGUAGAGUGAUGUGUUUUUUUAGAGUAAUAAUGGAUUUCCUUUCUUUCUAUCUAGAUUUGUGCAAGUGCAGUUAAUCUAUUAUCAAUGCAAACCCUGUUUUCCCUUUACAUUUUACUGGGAAACAUUAAUAUAAUCAAAUAUUUACAUUUCUACCUUUGCAGUCUUGUAGGUGCAGUUAUUAGAAGCUGAAGACUGACUAUCAUCUAUCUCGAUUACAUCUGAAAGCAGAGGUACCAUACUAAUGUGGUGUGUUGUGUUGUAAUGUCACAUGCAGUAUAACGCGUGAUUUAAACUUAUGUAAUAAUUGUGUGACUGAAAACUGCUGUACUUGCGUUCACUUCAAGCCUGUCCAUAUAGUGACUCUAGAAAUAGCUUCAAACAAAAUUAUUAUAUCGUAAUUUUCUUGAAUUUGUGAAAGUGUUAAACGCAUUUUUAAGACUUUACAUUUCCAAACUUGUACUCCUCAAAGUGUUUACAUUUAUAUGAGUUAUAUAAUUCCAGUUCUACUUUGUUAGGGUUUUUUUUUUCUUUUUUGUUGUCUGUAGUUCUCAUUUAAUUUUAGGAUAAUAUAUGUCUUCUUUUUUGAUACUGCAUAAAGUAAUAAGAGUAAAACUGUUAUUUUUGUCAUGUGUCAUUGGAGACUGAGAUUGUUUUUUUGAGUUUGAUGAACAGAAACUGAGGAAAAUGUUUACACAAUCUAAUCUUUUAUGAACUAAGUUGUCUUGUAUUAUAAUGUAAAUGUGCUUUUGUUUUUCUUGUGAAAUGGUGAAACUGAAUGUAUUUUGUACAUAAAUAUAUUUUGCAUAACAUGACUGGAUGAAUGGAGAGUGAGUUAUGAAUAAACAUUUCAAGUUAUAGUAAUCAGUGCUUUUUUGAUUUCAAAAUUAAAACUGUGUUGGACUAUU